AUGUACACUGAACAAGACGUGGAAAGGAUUAGAGAAGUUUAUACAUCCUAUGAUUAUCAUGAUUUGGGAUAUAUUGAUGCUAAGGAUGCUAAAGAAGCAUUUAUAGAACUUGGGUAUGAAAUUUCCUUGGAUGAAAUUUUAAAAUUGUUGGAUGCUCUGAGCAAGGCUCACAAUGCUGGAAAGGAUAGUAAUGAUGAUGAAUUGAGUUCUUCAAGACAUUCCGAUUCUUUUAAUCCAGACAAGAUUGAAUUUUAUUUAUUUAUGGAACUUUUACAAAGAUAUAGUGCUAGUAAGGAUGAUGAAGCCAAUGAAGAAGACAUUUUGGAUGCAUUCAUUGCUCUCGGAGGUAAUCCAAACAAGACUGGAACCAUCUCUAUCAAUGAAAUGAGAUCUUUCUGUGAAAGAUUUGACUUGAAUUUUGAUGUUCCUAAAAUUGCAAAGGAAAAUGGAAUUUCCUACGAAGGAAACAAACUCGAAUAUGCUCAAUUCAAGUCCCUUAUGAGCAUCAAGACCCAACAUUAA